UGAUUGCGACACGACGUCAUCAUGGCGUCCAUCUACCACACCCAGACUGGUGACUAGCGAAGAGGGAUGAGACGGCCUCGCGGGCAAUGGAACUUGCGAUGUUGACCAGCCCCAUAGAUGUUUCGCAUCACGCUUUGCAGUUAUAAGGAAAUGUGGAAGCGCGCGCAAACUUUUUCGUAAUGUCUGAAAAAUAAACAUCACUUCUGUAAACAUCGCUACCUACGGUCGGCGUUGUAGUUGGUGUUGUAGUUGGUGUCAGAAACGAUGAAAGUUACACGACGUUGAUGAAGGAGGCAAAUAGCGAAGAUGCAGGCACAGGCACAAUCCACCCACAGUGGUGGAAAGAUGAAAUUGGAUGAGUUUGUGGAUAUCGUGACAUCAUUUAAGUGUCGAUUUUGUCGAUUUACCAGUCAGCAUAAGAUUGGCUUGUUCAGUCAUAUCCGAUACUGCCAUAAAGACAGCAUUGCAAGGGGAGAAAUCCCACCUGCUCCUACCCAGCAGGAGACUGGCGGUACUGUGCACCGACAGUUGCAGCCCACUCCUCCUGUCCAUGCUAGCCGGCAAUCCCCUCCGGAGAGGACGUACGGCAGUCGCAGGGUCACUGUUCAGCAGGUUUAUAAUCAUGUUGAAGCUCCUGUUGCAGACAAUGUUGGUCAAGUGCAGCAGCAGCAACAACAACAGCAGCAGCAGCAACAACAGCAGCAACAACAACAGCAGCAGCACACUGGCAUGCAACAGUGGGCGGUGCCCGUGACGUCACAGAGCCUAGUGGUGAACGACAUGGAGACCUACGCGCGGCCGGUGCCUCUCGAGGCGGUGAUCGUGCCGCUAAACCACGGCAUGCAGCUGCAGGGACCCGGCAUGCACCAGAACAUCCUGCAGCAGCAGCUGCUAGUGCAGAACUGUCUGCCGCAGCAGAUGCAUGACUAUGAGAGGAGCAUCUAUCAGCCUCAAGGGCAAAUGAUGCAGGGCUCCUGGGACCAGCAGAGGAUUGCGACGACAACGCAAGAGCAGCAGAUGGGUGCGACCAUAGAGGUGGAGCAUGUGGUGGAGCAAACAGUGCAGCAGCCAGAAGAUGCUGCAGCUUCUGUCAUAACCGACGGUCUGACGGCGGUGAUCAUACAGAAGCAGGAGGAAAUAGGAGGAAAGGAUGACGUAGUAGAAGAGGAAGCUGAGGGAGAGGAAGACAGCAACCAUAAAGAAGAUGAGGUUGAAGAGGAUGUGUUCAUGUGUGGGGAGUGUGGUGCCAGCUUCACUAAUGCAUUCUUGUGCAGGGAACACAUGGAGAAGGAGCACAACAUCAUCAUUACCGACGAGUCGGAGCUGGCUAAGAUGCCUGUACCAAAGGUCACCAAAAAGAAGCUGAAGAAGAAGAAGAUCGGGAAGAACGGGAAGCCAAUAAAGGACCGUAGAUGGAAGCGGCGUGUGUACGACGACCCGAGCAAGUCGUGGGAGUACCACUGCCCACGCGAGCACUGCAAGGGAGUCUUUCGCAGUCUGGAGCAGCAAAAGUACCACAAGAAGUGCCACCGCAAAAACGAGAUCACGUAUUACUGUCCCGAGUGCAAUAACUACUCGAACACGCGCUGGAAGAUCUUCCAGAAUCACUUGUGGAUGAAGCACAAGAAGGACUCUGGUCUGUACCACUGCCAGCAGUGUGGUUACAAGACGGAGAGUCUGUCCUACUUCAUGCUUGUCCAUCAGCCCUCGCACAACUGUGACCGCCCGUUCGCGUGCGAGGAAUGCGGGCGGGCCUUCAAGAACCGUCAUCUGUUCCAGCAGCAUCAGGUUAAUGUUCAUGGCAAUGGGAAGCGCAAGCAACCCAAACGUGAGCCAGUCAUGUGUGGACUAUGUCAAAAGACAUUCGCAGAUAAAAACAGCCUCAAGAAGCAUCAUCGUUACAUGCACUUAAAGCUGCGGCCAUUCAAAUGCCAAUAUUGUGACUAUGUCAGCUGCCGGCAGUCUCGUGUCAUAGCGCACACAAGAACUCAUACAGGGGACAAGCCUUACCAGUGUCACCACUGUACAUUUGCUACGUACGAGCACCGCAAUCUGCUACGUCAUGAGAAGCGACAUACUGGGGAGAAACCCUACGCUUGUCCUUAUUGCACCUACGCCUGCAUCCAGUCCACUGCCUUCAAGGCGCAUAUGAAAAGUAAACAUCCAGGCAAGCCGCUGGAGUUCUACUGCCCGCAGUGCGCGUUUCGCUGCAUCACCAUGGGCAAGCUGCACGAGCACAUGGGCAAGAGCCACCCGCUGACGCAGAAGCCGACCCUCGCUGACGUCGAAGCGAUGGUGGAGAUGGACCAGCUGGCACAGCAGGGCAACGUCGCCGUCAUGACACACCUGGGCGGCGGCGGCGUGCACCUCGCCGGCAGCGCUCAGGAGACGGCCGAGACGUUGGCGAGUCUCGCCGCGGGAGACACAUCUCAGGUGAGCGCGAACGUGCUGAUCGGCGCCGCAGCCGCGGCCGCCGCGGGACAGAACGUCGUCACGCAGCAUGUGCCGACGAUGGUGCAGCUGCCGGCCGUGUCCGUCAUGCACACGUCGAGUCCGCAGAACAUGGUCUACAGUGCGCAGCACCACGGCAACGGCGCGCCGGCGGCGGCGGCGCAGAUGACGCACACGACGACGCCGUACCACCACCAGGAGCAGCACAUCACGAUGACCGAGCUGAUGCCGCCCGACCCGCAGGGCGGCGACUCGGUCGCGGUCGCGGCGAUGAUACCAAGCGAACCGGACGGCUCUCACCGCCUCGUGUAUUUCAUCCAGCAGUAGUGGUGGCGGGGGACGCACGAUUGCAGUGUGUAGUCGAGCUUACAGGUAACGUGUGUGUGGAGGAAAAUGAAAGAAUUAUAUUUUUGAAGUGGAACCUAGCGAAGUGGUUCGUGCAACUUGUAGUGCAAACGUUGUCAGGUUGACAUCUGGAGAAAUGUAGUGUGAGUUUGGAAGUAGAAGAGUGAGUUAAAUUUCAAUUUCAUGUUAAUAUCUUCAAAGGCGGUUUUCGAAGCAAAUUUGUUUCAAUCCAUUUUUAGCCUUUUUAUAUUCAAUUUUCACUAUUAUAAAAUAUUGUGGGAAAUUUUCCCCCAAUUCAUGACCAGAAACUAAUAUAAUGCACAAAUGGAAAGUGCACUACAUAACGUUGUCAAGGGUGCAUAAUCUAUAGAGCAAACAAAGAUAAAGACUAGAAAUGAAGUCUAAGUUUCAAUCGCACUAAGUAUCACGAUAUGAACGUAGUUUGAAUAAUCUAGUAUUUUACAAAUGAUCGGCUAUGCUUGCUCGUUUCAAUAAGACCCACCCGACUGUUCGUGCAACAUUCCGCAGCCUAGCUAGAAGUGCAUAAAGAAGCAACAAUCUGAUACUCGGUGACAUUUUCACACUUUAAUUGAGUAUUAAAUUCACGCUGUUUGGAAUUGGUAUCAGUUGAUUAUCAGUAUCUAUCUUUAUAUAGAACAUAAUUAGCAUAUACACAGAACUUAUCAUAAGCCGCUUUCUUUGCUAGCUAGUAAUGCUUAGAUAUUCUAGAUAUAGACAUGGUGCUUUGGGCUGCGUACUGCCACAGAUAAAUAAUCAGAGGUUGGUGCAUCUUAACACUUGUAGCUCGGCGCAGAAACGUGGCUGGGAGAAGCUGUUAGUCUUACUGAGACGAACAAGCACAGCCGAUAGCAAGCAAGUAACACGUUGUUCAAACUAAGUGCAUGUUGUUACGUAAUUAGACUUAAAAUAAGAGGUUUUUAAUUUCUAUUGUUGUUUGAUCUAUAAUAUAUGUUCUCCUAAUAUUAUUCUACACUAGAACAUCUCAUUAUUAUUGACAUUUAUGUGCGGGUUUAAUACUAUAUGAAGUCGUCAUUUUAAAGGCAUACAGCAAUUUCCGCAUGCUGUCUGCAACCUGGUACCAAAAACAUACUAAGAAAGAGAUAUAAUUACAGCAUCCAUCUUUUCGGUAAAAACAGUGGUGCGAUGGUUGGUGAGUAUGACAUAACUCCACUACUGUCAUUAAUGUACAUAAUUUGUAUCAGUUUCUGACUUUGAGAGUUUCAUUUUUCACUUAAGAAUGUAUUGUGAAUGUACAAGAUCAUGAUACACAAUUAGUACUGAACAUAACUUAUAGAAGAUAUGACACUGUGUUAUUUUAUAAUCAGUAUUACAUGUACUAGCAUGGUAUAUUAGAACUGAUCCAGAAAUUCAUCAUUAAGAUGAACACUAGUAUAUUUUAUUGGUUUACUACUUCUGUAGGAAAGAAUAAGUUUAUAUGAUUAAUAAGGUCAUGGGUAAAAUUGAUUCAAAAUGCUUGAAAAAUUUAGGUUAUUUUAUAUUAUUUGAUAGUACAGCAACUCAGCUAAAGCAUAAUAUGGCUAUAAUAAUUAUAAAUGUUUUUUGAUAACACAACAUGCCAUAUAGUGAUGAUUGUGGAAUGGUAGAGGGUCGAUUGCAUGCCUUUUGUCAUUUCAUUUUUCAAUAUGUUUCAUGGAAUGUAAAUACUCUUGCAUGUUAUUCAUGGAGAAUAUAGUAACUUUUACAUCAAUAUAAUUCAUUGGAAAAUAUUAUUUUGUUAGUGACAUUGUUUUCAUAUUAACAGUGUUCAAACAUGAAUUAUUACUGUAAUACUUGACAUUAUACCUGAUUGCAUUGCAUGACUGUGAGGAUUUGAAUAAAGCAUUCUCAAAUUGA